AUGGAUGGCAAGGAACUCAUCUCACCGUCCGACCUGCAGUCAUUCUACCAGCAGCAGCAGCAGCACAGGGCGGCGCUCGGCGGCGGCGGCGGCGCCCAUAGCCCGUCCUCGCUGGCCGGGAUGCACUCCGUCAUCCGCCCCAUGCCCAACAUGCCCAACAUGAACAUGAGCGCCGCCGCGAUCCUCAACUCCAUCGGCGGGGGCUCCCUCGCCGGCAUGCAGUUCCAGAUGGACACCGCGCCGCCGCCAUUGAUGCACAACAGCACCAUGGGCUCCGUCUCCGCCUCCGCCUCCGGCACGGUCCCGCCCGCCCCGGCCCCCGCGGAGCCCGUCAAGCGGAAGAGAGGGAGGCCGCGCAAGUACGGGCCCGACGGCACCAUGAAGGCGGCGGCGGCGGCGCAGCAGCAGCAGCACCUCGUCAGCGCGCCGCCGAGGAUGGGCUCGUCCAUGUCAGGACCCGACAUGCUGGGCGCCCGGGGGAUGGAGGACCCGGCGCAGAAGAAGCGCCGUGGGAGGCCGCCGGGCACCGGGAAGAAGCAGCAGACGUCGCCCUCCGUAGGCAAUGCGUUCGCUGGUUCAGCUGGAACGAGCUUCACUCCGCACAUCAUCACGGUAUCUCCUUCAGAGGACGUCGCGGCGAAGAUCGCUGCCUUCGCGAACCAGUCUUCAAGGGCGGUGUGCGUCCUCUCGGCGACGGGGUCCGUGUCCAGGGUCGUGCUCCGCCACCCGGGCGACGCCUCCCCCAUGACAAGGGUUCACUCGUCGCCGCCUUACAAGAACCCUGCCAUCUACGAGGGGUUCUAUGAGAUCCUGAGCCUAACAGGCUCUUACAACCUGGCCGAGGGCUCACAGCAGCAGGGCCAACAACAAAGCGGCGGGCUCAGCGUCACGCUCUGCAGUCCGGAGAGGAAUGUGAUUGGAGGUGUUUUGGGUGGACAACUGGUAGCUGCAAGUACCGUGCAGGUUGUAUUGGGGAGCUUUCACCAGGGAGGGUCGAGAUCCAAGUCGAAGAAAGCGGCGGCGAAGCAGGCGGCCUUCAGCCCUGACGGCGGGCAAGAGGCGUCGCCCAGCUCCGGGCACAACCAACAAAAUCUAACGCCACCCUCCGUAACAGGAGGCGGAGGGUGGCCCACCUCCGGGAUAUUUGACACCAGAAGCUCCAGCAUUGAUAUCAACUCAUCUAGAGGCUAGCUCAGCUCAUUUGUCGAUAAUUCCAGUUCAAUUUUCUGCUUGCACAAGAAUACCCAAACCAUACUUCGAAAUAGCUUAUUCGGUUUUUUUUUGAGUAAACUGUUAUAGAAUUCACAUUCACUAGGCGUCGCUCAAAUGUUGCGAGUUGUGUUCUUGCAUUGCAUUGCUUAUUCGAAUCCGAAGAUCCCCGGCCCUUCUUCUUC